AUGGAAGAUUAUGAGAUUACUUGCAGAGAGCUCGAGAAGGAAGAUGGACAGGCAUAUGCAGACUUAAUGGACAAGAACCCAAGCAGAUUCUGUAAGGCAUUUCUAACUCCUGACAACUGCUCUGAUACCAUUCUGAACAAUGGGUGUGAAUGCUUCAAUGCCUACAUUCUUGAGGCAAGGAGUAAACAUGUGUUAGACAUGCUAGAUGAAAUGAGAACCAAACUGAUGGAGAGGCUAUACAGAAAGAGUUUAGACAUGGAGAGUGCUAGGAUAAAUUCAAAUGUGUGUCCAAAGUUGGGGGGGAGGGGGAAAUUUGAAGUUAGUCACUUUGACGAUAGGUUAGUGACUCCUUCAUUAAGGCAAUGUGGGUGUAGGAAAUGGGAUUUGACUGGCAUCCCUUGUCUCCAUGCAUGCGUUGCUAUUCAUUUCCUCAAGCAGAAUGUGGAUGAUUAUGUACAUGGGUACUUCUCCUUGAGCAAGUACAAGUCUGCCUAUGGAUAUGGGUUGCCAGCAUUAAAUGGGGAGAAGCUCUGGCCUCAUGCUGAGGGGUACCCGGUUGUACCUCCACCUGUGAAGAAGAUGCCUGGUAGGCCCAAGAAGGUGCGAAUGAGGGACCCAUUCGAGAAGGAUCCAGUCAGACCCAAUAGAAUGAGGAAAAUUUGUGUGAUGACAUGCCAGAAGUGUUUACAAGAAGGUCACAACUCCAGAACUUGCAAGAACGAUCCAGUUGAAGUUUUACCAGAGCCAAAGGCUAAAAUGGGAAGGCCUCGGAAGACACCAUUCAAUGCAGAAAGUGGUACCAUCGCAAUAACAGGGAGAUCUGGAAGAAGGGGAGGUCGUGGAACCCGUGAUGGAGGCCGUACUGGAGGCCAUGGAGGAGGCCUUGGAGUUGUUGAUGGCUCAGUCCCCACGCAAGAAAGCAACACCAACAAUGGUUGA